AUGGAUCGCCGCCGCGGCGCCGCGAUGCGGAAGCCGGCGCUGGAGAUCGACGCGACGCGCACGGCGGCGGGCGAGGAGGAGGAGGAGCCGGUGAGCCCGACGGGGCGGCUGUUCCGGGAGCCGCACUUCAGCUGCCACAUCGUCUCCGUCUUCGGCCUUGGCGGCGCGGUCGACCUCCCCGCCGUGCGGGCCGGCCUCGAGGCCUCCCUCGCGCGCCACCCGCGCUUCUGCAGCCUCCAGGUGCUGGAUGAGCAGGAGGAGGACCCUAGACCGAAGUGGGUUCGGACAACGGUGAACAUAGACGACCAUGUCAUCGUCCCGGACCUGGACCCCACCGCCACGUCGGCUGACCCUGACAGGGCUCUGGAGGACUACGUGUCAUCCCUGUCCACGCUUCCAAUGGACCACUCCCGCCCGCUCUGGGAGCUGCACGUCCUCGACUUCCCCACCUCUGAAGCCACCGCCGCCGUCGUGCUCCGCGUGCACCACUCCGUCGGCGACGGCGUCUCCCUGCUGUCGCUCUUCAUCGCGUGCACCCGACGGGCCUCCGACCAGGCAUCGCUGCCGGCUCUGCCGAGCACCACCGCCGGCCGCCGCCGCGCUGGCCCAGUGUACGCCCUGUCGUCGCGGCCGCGGCUCUCGCCUUCGUGGGACGCUCUGGCUGCAAUCGCCGCGUGGGUCGUGUCGUUUCUCGUGCUCCUGUGGCACACGGUGGUGGACGUGGUGUGCUUCGUGGCGACGGCGACGUCGAUCCUGGGCGACCCGCCGACGCUGUUCAAGGGCGCGGAGGGCGUGGAGUUCCGGCCCAAGCGAUUCAUGAACCGGACGCUCAGACUUGACGAUGUCAAGUACAUCAAGAACGCCGUAAACUGCACUAUAAACGAUGUGCUGCUUGGAGUGACUUCUGCCGCAUUGUCUCGGUAUUAUUUUCGGAAAACAGGACAAAGCGGCAGCGAGACCAUCAAGGUGCGGUCCACUCUUCUUGUCAACCUAAGAAAGACUCCUGGCCUUCAUACGCUGGCUACUAUGAUGGAGUCGGGCAAAGACAACGGUGCGCAGUGGGGGAAUCGGCUCGGCUACAUGAUACUCCCGUUUCACAUAGCCAAGCACAGCGACCCUCUCAUGUACGUCCGGAAGGCGACCCAGGUUGCGCGCAGGAAGAAGAGCUCCAUGGAAUCGGUCUUCACCUUCUGGAGCGGGUCGGUCAUAUUGAAAUUCUUCGGCAUUAAGGCCGCAGCUUCUCUAUGCUGCGGCAUGAUGAGGAACACCACCCUGUCCUUCUCCAACGUCGCUGGGCCAACCGAGCAGGUGGUCUUCUACGGACACCCCAUCGUCUACAUUGCCCCCAGCGUCUAUGGGCAUCCACAUGCCCUGACAAUGCAUUAUCAAAGUUAUGCUAACAUUAUCAAGCUAGUCCUAGCAGUCGACGAAACACAGUUUCCAGAUGCUCAUGAACUUCUGGAUGACUUCGACCAGUCUCUCAGGAUCAUUAGGGAGGCAGCUUCAGAAAAACAAAAGGACACAUGAAAAUAUGUUUCACAGUAGUAGAAUGUAAGAAGGGGGAGAUGAGUGCGUACACAAAAUUCAAAAGAUUUUUUUAUGUACGACUAGAACGGCAGGGAUCGGCCUUGGAAUCUCCAAUCAUUCUUGAUGUAUUGCCGCAACUGCAUGGAUCAAGCAUUGGUGAUGGACAUUACAAGGCAGAAGAAGAAGGUGACGUACAGCUUUCUCCAUAUAUGUGUACAAACCAUGUAUUUUAAGAAUGCUUAUUGUUGUCGUUGCUUGAAGCCCACAUUAGUCCUCUA